ACAGGAAGCCGCUGACUGGAACAGAUGCCAUCCUGAUUGACUUCUAAAGAACUCAGUUACAGAAGAAUAAGCCCAGAAGAGGAAAGAAAAGGAUUCAGAAAUGGCUCUUACUCAGAACCCUUUGACAUUCAGGGAUGUGGCCAUAGAAUUCUCUCAGGAGGAGUGGACGUGCCUGGACCCUGCUCAGAGGGCUUUAUACAGGGACGUGAUGUUGGAGAACUAUAGGAACCUGGUCUCCCUGGGUAUCUCUCCUAUAUGUGUGAUAAAUGAAUUGCCACCUGAAGAGGGUGGUAGUAUAGAAGAAAUAUCCCCCACCAUGAUGUUGGAAAGGAAUGAAAACCAUAACAUUGAAGGCUUUUGCUUUAGGGAAAUCCAGAAGAAUAUACAUAAGUUUAAGAGUCAGUGGAGAGAUGAUGAAAGACAUUGCAGUGGAGUCUGUAUGACCCCUCAGGGAAAUCUCACUGGAAAAAGAGAUCAACAUGAUUGGAGGGGUUCAGGAAACAAGCUUCUUAAUAAUCAGGUGGGAUUGAACACCCAGUCACAUCUAUCAGAACUGCAGCUAUUUAAGAUUGAAGAGAAAAUUUAUGAAUGUCAUCCCAUGGAGCCAUCUGUCAACAGUGAUUUCUUGGUUUCCCCAUCCCACAGAAUUCCUUCUACUAUGAAACCCUACCUUUCUCAUGAACAUGAGUAUGAACUUAUGGAUUUAUUCCCACAAAGACAGAAACCACAGAUAGUGACAGAACAUCACAAAUGUACGGCGUGGGAGAAGUCCUUUAAUCAAGGGUUGCAUAUCAAUAUUGAUCAAAUAAUGCAUGACGAAGAGAAUCGAUUUAAAUGUGAUAUAUAUGCCAAGGUGUUCAACAAAAAAUCAAGCCUUGGAAGUCAUCAAAGAUUCCACACUGUAAAGAAAACUUACAAGUGUAAUGAAUGUGGCAAGGUCUUCAAUUAUAUUUCACGGCUUGCACGGCAUCAGAAAAUCCACACUGGAGAGAAACCUUACAAAUGUAAUGAAUGUGGAAAGGUAUUCCAUGAAAGUUCAGCCCUUGCACAGCAUCAAAGAAUUCACACAGGUGAGAAACCUUACAAAUGUAAUGAAUGUGGAAAGCUAUUCCGCACAAGUUCAAUACUUGGACGACAUUGGAGAAUUCACACUGGAGAGAAACCUUACAAAUGUAAAGAGUGUGGAAAGGUAUUCUGUGACUGUACGGGACUUGCACGACAUGCCAGAAUUCACACUGGAGAAAAACAUUACAAAUGUAACAAUUGUGGCAACAUGUUCAGUCAGAAGUCAUCCCUAGCACAUCACUGGAGGAUUCAUACUGGAGAGAAACCUUACAAAUGUAAUGAAUGUGGAAAGGUAUUUAAUCGUAGUUCACACCUUGCAAAACAUCAGAGAAUUCACACUGGAGAAAAACCUUACAAAUGUAAUGAAUGUGGCAAAAUGUUCAGUAGCAAGUCAUCCUUAGGAAAGCACUGGAGAAUUCAUGGUGAGAGAAAUCUUGCAAAUGUUAUGAAUGUGGAAAGGUCUUCAGUCGCAAUUCACGCCUUGCAUGACAUCUAAUAAUUCAUAAUUCAUUCAUUAUAAAUGAAUAUGGCAGGGUGUUCAGUCAGAAUUCACCUUGCAAAUCAUUAGAGAAUUCAUACUGGAGAGAAACCUUACAGGAAUGAUGAAUAUGGCAAGAUCUUCAGUCAAAAUUCAUAUCUUAUAUAUAAUCGGAGAAUUCUUACUGGAAAGAAACCUUAUAAAUGUAAUGAAUGUGGAAAGGUUUUCAGUCUAAACUCAUGCUUAGCACAUCAUCAUUGGAGAGUUCCUACUACAAAGAAACCUUACGAAUGUAACUCGAGUCUGGCCGUUACCUUUAGUGUUCUCCAUGACUAGAGAAACCUUUCAAAUAUAGUAGAUAAAACAUGCAUGGCAAGGUUUUCAGUGACAAUUCCUACCUUGAACAUCAUCAGAGAUUUCAUUCUGGAGAAACAACUUGUUAAUAGGACAAUGUGAUUAACGUAGAAAGGCAUUUUCUCAGAAUUAAAGCUUCGGAGUGCAUUCAGUAAUUCACACUAGAAGGAAGCUUUCCAAUUGUGAUGAAUGCAGCAAAGUCUUUAGUUGUCAUAUAAAGAUAAACCAUCAGUUAAUCCAUGGAAGAGGGCAACCUUUCAAAUGUAUUCAAUGGCAGACAUUAGGUGUAAUUGUGACGUG